AUGGAUUUGAAAACAGUCAUCAACAACUUGGUGGCGACAGUCAUCACCGCAUAUGAAAACCUUGAGCAAGCUGAUCAAGUUUCUCAAGAGACUAGUUUGAGGUGGUUUCAGAUUUGUGAAAACAAUGUCCAGUACUACACUACAAUACUACUGGACCCCACCUCAAACGUUCAUCUACGGCAAUGUGUACAGUCAAACAUUGCCAUUUUAAACACCUAUGGUGAAAAGUUUAUAAGCUUGAGCCAUAGAGUUGUUGGUGGUGACCUUGGUCAUCAACAUCAAGUUGCAGCUAUCAAAUGGCAAGAUAUGGAAAGUGCAUUCCAGGACAGAGUUAAAACUGGAUGUGUAAUCAAUCUUAGACACACCGAUUUAAAAGCUUUUUUAAGAGAGGCUGAAAAUAUGGCUAUAGAGAAGAUCCAACAAUCAAUGCAGGAGCAUGGUAGCUUAAAAGUAUACACCCAGCUACUCUGCAGAUUUGAAAAUCAUAAAAAUGAUGCUGUUGUUGUAGAAACAAAGUCUUUUCAAACUAAGACUUCUACAAUAUUAGCCAACACAGAACUGCAUGAAUGGUUCCAAGACAAUGUUACAGAUCAACUGCUGAAAAAAAUUGAGGAUUUUAAUGAGAAUCAAUCUGGAUGGAGUUUGACUGAGAUUCUCAACCUCAGCAUCAACAUAUCAAGAUAUGCACCGCUCCAAGCAGGUCUCUCAACGUUUGUGCUGCUUCCUAGAGACAUUCAGAAGAAGAAAGCUGUUGUAAAUAUAAUGAAUGAAGACCACUACUGUUUCCUUUGGUCAGUUGUAGCAGCUUUAUAUCCAGUUUCAUCAAACAGCUGUGUAACAUCAUCAUAUCCAUAUCCCAGCUCAGUACUAGAUCAUACAGGUAUAAAAUUUCCUAUAGAACUUAAAGAUAUACCAUUGUUUGAAAAACUUAAUGAUUUAAAAAUCAAUGUGUACGGUAUAGAGGCUAAAGAAGAUGAUGAUGAAAAAGAUCCUAGCAUAAUUGUACCGCUAUAUCUAAGCUCAAAUCUUGAUUGUCAAAAAGACACUAUUCACUUACUUAUGAUAGAAACAAAUAUUACUUUAAAUGAUGAUGAUAGUAUUGAAAACCAUAGGCCAAUAUUUCAUUUUGCAUUUAUUAGAAAUCUGUCACGUCUAGUAAAAAGUAGCAUCACAAAAGGAAAAACAAAAUUAUUCUUUUGUGAUCGAUGUCUAUGUCAUUUUAAACUUGAAAGUUCUUACCAAAGACAUUACACUGAUUGUCUUUCACAUAAUAAAGUAAAAAUGAGCCUUCCUAGUCAAGAAAACAAAAUCCUAUCUUUCAAAAAUCAUAGCUUCAAAGACCCUGUUCCGUUUGUUGUUUAUGCAGAUCUGGAAAGCGUUCUCGAGCAGGAAACAGAACAUAUUCAAAAACAUACUCCUCAUAGCAUUGCUUAUUACUUACACUGCAAUUAUGACAAUUCAUUAUCUAAAUUUAACAUCAAUCGUUCAUCUGAAUGUAUAAAAUGGUUUGUCCAAGAGCUUGAAACUAUUAGCCAUCAAGUUAGUAAUCUUUUAAGAAACCCUUUACCUCUUCCAAAGUUAAAUAAUGAGGAGCAAAGAUCUUUCAAUCAAGCAGUGAAUUGUCAUAUUUGUGGUAAGUCAUUCAAUUCUGCCAGUGAUAAGAAAGUUAGAGAUCAUUGUCACUUCACGGGUAAAUUUAGAGGAGCUGCUCACAACUCCUGUAAUUUGAACUUUCAACAGACACAUAUUAUACCAAUAGUUUUUCACAAUUUAAGCGGUUAUGAUUCACGUUUCAUUUUAGAAUCUGUAACAACUGUUUUUAAAGGUAAAAUUGAGAUAUUACCUAUCAACAAAGAAAAAUAUAUAGCUUUCACCAAGACUGUAGACGAUACAACUAUUCACUUACGUUUUAUCGACUCAUUUAGAUUUAUGGCGUCUAGUAUAGACAAACUUUCUUCCUACUUGACUGACGAUAGCAAAAUUAUUACAAGACAGUUUUAUUCAGAUCCUGAAGAAUUAAAAUUGGUAACUUCUAAAGGGAUAUUUCCCUAUGAAUAUGUAGACUCAUUGGAAAAAUUAGACGUGACAAAACUACCUGACAAACAGGACUUUUACUCACGACUCAAUGACAAGCAUAUCAGUGAUGAAGACUAUACGUUUGCUCAGAAAGUUUGGGAUAAAUUUAACAUACAAACUCUUGGUGAAUACUCGGAUCUCUAUUUAAAAACUGAUGUCUUGUUACUGGCAGACAUUUUUGAAAAUUUCCGUUCAAGUUGUUUCAAAACUUAUGAAUUAGAUGCUCUUCACUACUAUACUGCUCCAGGACUAGCUUUUUCAGCAAUGCUUAAACUCACAGGAGUCCAACUCGAACUAUUACUAGAUCCUGAAAUGAUACUCUUCUUUGAGAAGGGUAUUAGAGGUGGAGUAUCACAAUGUUCUAAUCGCUAUGCUCGAGCCAAUAACCGCUACAUGGGUAAGGACUUCAACCCUGAAGAAGAUGAAUCUUACAACUUAUACCUAGAUGUAAAUAACUUGUAUGGAAGCGCAAUGAGCAUGCCUUUACCCCAAGGUUCUUUCACAUGGGAAAAUAACAUCAGUGAGGAAAAUAUUUCAUCAUUAUUCACUUCUAACGAAUCUACUGGGUACAUUCUCGAGGUAGACUUGGAGUAUCCAAAAGAUCUCCAUGAGUUACACAAAGACAUGCCAUUGUGUCCUGAGCAUUUUACACCACCAGACGGCAAAACAUCUAAGCUAGCCACAACACUGCAUCCAAAGAAAAACUAUGUUAUUCAUUAUAAAAACUUGGAGCAGUGCUUACAACUAGGUAUGAAACUUGUCAAAGUUCAUCGAGUUUUAAAGUUUGCUCAAUCAGCAUGGCUUAAACCAUACAUCGAUAAGAACACUGAAUGUCGACAAAAAGCCACCAAUGAGUUUGAGAAGAAUUUUUACAAACUGAUGAACAACGCGGUAUUUGGCAAGACUAUGGAGAAUGUGCGUAAGCACAAAGAUAUCAAGCUGGUUAGUGAAUGGCGAGGUCGAUAUGGUGCUAAAAGUUUGAUCUCCAAGUCCAACUUUCAUAGCUUCACCAUUUUCGGUGAAGAUCUUGUAAUAGUCGAGUUGAAUAAAGUUAACGUUUAUUUUAAUAAACCUAUUUACGUUGGCUUCAGCAUACUUGACUUGUCUAAGACUUUCAUAGUCCCUGAUAUUUAUGAAAUUAUCAAACGUGAUAUUCACAAGUUUGAUACCUCUGACUACCCGCUCGAUAAUGCAUACGAUAUUCCUCAGAAGAAUAAAAAAGUUCUGGAGCUCAUGAAAGAUGAGAACAAUGGCAGAAUUAUGUCAGAGUUCGUGGGUCUCAGAGCAAAAUUGUAUGCCUUUAAACUAUAUGAUAACGAAGCUGAGGUUGAAAAGCGAGCAAAGGUAGUUAAAGGAUCAACUCUGAGGAAAAUCACGUUUGAUGAUUUCAAAAACUGCUUAAUUGAUCAUGUUAAUGUACAUAAGGAUCAAUACUUAAUUAAAAGCAAUAAGCAUGUUGUAAAGACAGUGCUCCAAGAAAAUAAGCUUGCCUUGAGCUGGGAUGAUGAUAAACGCCAGCUGCUGGAUAACUCCACAGACACCCUACCAUGGGGUUUUAAGAAUGUUAAUUCGGAACCAGCAGCUAAACGACAGAAAAUGUAA